AGCCGAGCCGAGCGCAGCGGAGCGCAGGGAGGACCCGAGGGCGGAGCGGAGCGCGGCGGGCCGGGCCGAGCGACCCCCGAGAGGCCCCACGUCCCUCCGCGGCCCCCCCGUGCCUCCUCCCCCCGGUCGGCGCCGGGGUUGCCGCGACAGGCGGCGGCCGAUCCUGGGAAGCGCUGACCUCUGCGGAGGCGGCGGGGGCUCAGCAUCGGGCCGGGGCCGGGGGGGCGCCGGGGCCGGGGGGCGGCGCUCCGGCCCGGCCCGGCCCCGCCCGAUGUCCAUGAGCGCGAACACCAUGAUCUUCAUGAUUCUGGGGGCGUCGGUCGUGAUGGCCAUCGCGUGCUUGAUGGACAUGAACGCGCUGCUGGACCGAUUCCACAACUACAUCCUCCCGCACUUGCGGGGCGAGGACCGCGUCUGCCACUGCAACUGUGGCCGGAACCACAUCCACUACGUGAUCCCGUACGACGGGGACCAGUCGGUGGUGGACGCCUCGGAGAACUACUUUGUGACGGACAAUGUGACCAAGCAGGAGAUCGACCUGAUGCUGGGGCUGCUCCUGGGCUUCUGCAUCAGCUGGUUCCUGGUGUGGAUGGACGGCGUCCUGCACUGCGCCGUGCGCGCCUGGAGGGCCGGCCGGCGCUACGAUGGCUCAUGGACCUGGCUGCCCAAGCUGUGCAGCCUGCGGGAGCUGGGCCGGCGGCCGCACAGGCCCUUCGAGGAGGCCGCGGGGAACAUGGUGCACGUGAAGCAGAAACUCUACCACAACGGGCACCCCAGCCCGCGGCACCUGUGAGCCGCGAGGGGACUUGCCGGGGCUACCGAGCCACUGGCUGCUGUACAGAUGUAAAAGGGACCUCGUGGACACCCGGGCCGGCGGGACUGGACAGCAGCCCUGGGCCCGGGGUAUCCGGGGCUGUGGCCGGCCGGGAGAGUCCAGUGGAAGGUGCUGUCUCCUCUUCUUUUUAUAAAGGGGGUUGGGGUGGGGGCUGGGGUGAGGGCGACUGCAGGGCCUCAGGGGGCUGGACCCUGGGCCCCUGGCUGGGCAGGGCACGAGGGCCCCAGAGGUGCUGGGGGACAGGGAUGGUCCUGGGGGGCAGGUGGGGACAGCCAGGUGCACGGCCUGGGGCAGCAUCUGUUUGAAGCCGCUGUUUCCCGUGCUCUGCGUCCACCAUCUGUCUGGACCAAGCCAGCCCGGCAGAGGGGAGGGAGGCGAGGGGCGUCCGUGUGUGCACGGCUGCAGGGUGGGACACAGGCCCCUGGCCCCGCUGUGUCAGGCACCUCAUGUGAAGCCCACCCCUCUGUGGUCAGUAAAUUCUCCAGAAAGCUCCA